AUGUCAUCUGUACAACGUGCUUUUACUCAGAAAUUAAGUAAACAACAUGCAUCUGAUGUCAGACGUCAGAUUGCUACUUCUACCUCAUAUUCGCGUGAUUUAUCAAAGAGUGGCAGUUCAUUCUCAGGCUUUUCUUCAACAAUGUCUCUAUGUGAAGUAUUAGAGCCAUUAGACUAUGAAGAAUUUCUAGCACAACAUCAGUCAGUGCUCGAUCGUGAUCCAUUAAAAUCCAUAUUAGACUUUCCACCUGGAGAUGUGGAAUUACAAGUUGUUAAAAGGAAAAUUAGAACAGAAGAACCAGUUGUUCCUCAUGAAUCUCUGGAUAUUGUGUCUCCAUAUGUUAGAAGAUGUAUAGAAACCUUCACUUCCGACUGGGUAGUGGUGCACCGUAAAUACAGGCGUAGAGUAUCUCCUAUUGCAAGGGACAGACUGUUACAGGACACCCCAAGACAAGAUUUUGAGGUGGAUCAAGAGGACACAAAUGGCUCAGGAUCACCAAACGAAGAGGAAGAUUUACCAAACUGUGGAGAUACACCAAGAGGAUCUUGGGCCAGUUUAGACUUGAGGCAUUCCCAACAUGAUCCUCUUCUUCCAAGUUUGCUAGAUCGUGUGUGUCCAGAAACUAUUGACCAAAUGAAUGAGCAAAAGCGUUCAGAAGACCGGCAAGAAGGAUUAUUUCCACUUUAUGCACCCCCAGCUUCCCCGGAUGAUGAGUGGCAAGAAAUUAGUAUCGCACCAGAGCCCACAGAGCCCUUUUCUCAUAAGAUUCUUGUGAAAUGUCUUCAAUUAAAACUAGAAUUAGAAGUGGAACCAAUUUUUGCAAGCCUGGCAUUAUAUGAUGCAAGGGAAAAGAAAAAGGUGUCUGAGAACUUUUAUGUGGAUAUGAAUUCAGAAGGUUUAAAAAGGAUGCUUGGUAGUCAUAUCGCAUACAGUGAUGCCAGCACUUUGGCAAGAAAUUGCGUUAUGAAUAUUAGCAAACCGAGUCCAGAUUUAUUCCUAGUUGUUAGACUUGAGAAAGUAUUGCAAGGCGAUAUUUCGGAAUGUGCUGAGCCAUAUUUGCGUGAAGAUAAAAAUAAGGAAAAGGUAAGAGCAGCUGCGGUAGCAGCGUGUGAACGAUUGGGGCGCUACCGAAUGCCAUUUGCAUGGACCGCUAUCCACCUUUCUGGUGUCAUAGGAGGUGGUGGAGACACAGAUAGCACCGGAAGUGCUGGCUCUCUAGACAGAAAAUCGGGGGGCCUCGAACAGUGGCGCAAAAAGGUAGAACCACCGACUCGGAGAGGUUCCCUUGAAAGAAGAAGUUCUGACAAAAGGCGUAGUUGGUCUCCUGAUGAUUUUGCUAAUUGUCUUGACACAUUCAGGCCUAUAACGUUAACUGUUUCAAGUUUCUUUAAACAAGAAAGUGAACGCUUAAGGGACGAAGAUCUUUACAAACUGUUGGUUGAGCUACGCAAACCAGGUUCCAAUUUGAAACGACUAAAAUGUCUGCCAGGCAUACUAAAAUUAGACCUUAGUCCAAGACCUGAAGAGCUGCCCAGAUGUUUAGAUUCUGAUCUUAGAAGACUAUUGCCAUACCCAGACGAGAAAAGUCGACCAGUAAAAGAAAUACUCGAGUUUCCAAGUGAAGUUGUUUCGCCAGAUUUAACAUAUAGGAAUCUUCUGUACAUUUACCCUAAGGAAGCAAACUUCAGUUCUCGAACUGGUUCAGCUCGAAAUAUCGCUGUAAGAAUGCAGUUGAUGGGCGGUGAACAAGAAGCGGAUGCCCUAACAGCCAUAUUUGGAAGAUCAUCCUGUCCCGAAAUGACGCACGAAUGCUUCACUUCUGUGUCGUAUCACAAUAAAAAUCCAAAUUUUUAUGACGAAGUGAAAAUUCGACUUCCCGCGGACCUGAGCGCAAAGCAUCAUUUGCUAUUCACAUUCUAUCACAUCAGUUGCCAGAAGAAAGUAGAACAACCAAAUGUCGAAACUGCUGUAGCAUACACGUGGUUACCACUUUUGAGGGAUGGACAUCUACAAUCCGGCGAAUUUAGUCUUCCAGCAAUGUUGGAUCCACCUCCAGCCAAUUAUUCCUACAUUGCUCCUGACGUUCUUCUACCAGGCACAAGAUGGGUAGAUGCACAUAGAGGAGUUUUCACGGUGAUUUUGGAACCAGUCUCUAGUGUUCACCCACAAGAUAAAUACAUUGACAGAUUUUUAUCGCUAUGUGGCUUCUUGGAAACUGGCCAAGUACCGCCACGUAUUGGUGAGGCCGGAAUGGAGUCAGAAUUAAAAUCUGCCCUCCUUGAAUUGGCAAGGGCUUCACAUUCUGCUCUGGUGAGAUCACUACCUCAACUAUUGGAUCAAUUGAUAUCGCUCUUAGUACGUCCUCCCACGUUACCGUCUCAACCACUGAACGUGGCAGCGACAGUCUUCGAGGCUAUAGGCCUAUUGGUUCGGAAUAUCACUAAUUUACCGGACGGUCAAUUAGAUGCACAUGGACGACACGCACUGUUGGCUACUUAUGUAGCGUAUCAGUGCUCUCUACCCAGAAUGACCAACACUCCAGGUAUCGUGAGAGCCCAAAGUAAUCCCGAUCUACCCCUAGAGGAUUUAGAAAUGGAAAUGCAUUCACGAGGGUUGGAUCGAACUGCGUCAAUGCGCCAAGAAUCACCUUCCAUAAACAGUCAACCAACUAGAAGACUGUUGCACGAGGAAUUAGGUUUACAUUGGGUCGUAUCCACCGGACAAGCAAGGGAAUUAGCAGUAACAUAUUCAUGGUUCUUUUUGGAGUUAAUCGUUCGCUCUAUGGUCGUAACACUGUCGGAAAUGGGGAUGUUGGAUGCGCCUCGAAAAUCAAGAUUCUCUCCUCAGUUUUGUGAUGACGUAGCUACACUCACAGCAGCAUUGACGUCUGAAGUAGUAUCUCGUUGCGGAAAGGAGAAUAGAGUGCCCAAUAAUUUGAUAUCAAGUCUCGGUAACUUCCUGUCUGAUCUGUUAUCGAUAAUGGACAGGGGGUUUGUUCUGUCCCUUAUUCGGGCUACAUGUUGCUCUCUGUCAGAUGCUUCUAUGCAUAUUCCUGAUUCAGCUGCUUUAUAUGCACUUAAAUUGGAUCUCGUUCGAACUGUAUGUUCUCAUGAACACUACGUAGCUCUCAACCUUCCUUUUGGAACUGGAUAUACAUCAGGAUCAGCACCAGCAUCCCCGAGUCCAUCUACUGGAAGUUCUGGUAGCUUGAUAUCUACACUUGUCCCUGGAGACCGCGCCAGAUUCUCUGAACUCAGUCAGGAAUUCAGGCAACAACACUUCCUAGUCGGGAUCGUUUUAUCCGAUCUAUCGAACACCUUGGAAAUACCUAAUCCGAUGCUUCAGAAUAAAGCUAUUGGAACCAUUCGACAUUUGAUGGCGUGCCACGAUGUGGACUCAAGAUAUUCCGACCCUGCAGCUAAAGCUAGGGUCACUGCCCUUUACCUGCCACUACUAACUAUCAUAAUGGAUGCGUUGCCUCAACUUUAUCACUGGGAUUCAAAGGAUAAAAGCGUCUAUCCAGAUGAGUCUGGAUCAAUCACACACUCUGUAGCUCUGGCUAUAGCUGGCGGAGUCUCGGCAGACACGGCAGGAACUCAGUGCAGAGUUUCUUUAAGUUCAGAGGCCACGCGACACCUUUUGAUGUGCGUGUUGUGGGUGCUAAAAGGACUGGAACAGUCUGCAUUGGCACAAUGGUGUUCGGAGCUAAGCUCCAGGCGUAUAUUGUGCCUUCUUCAAGUCCUAAAUAUUGCUACUGCAGCCUUUGAAUACAAGGGCAAGAGAGCCUUGAAAAGAUUACCUCCUCAGGCUGCGGCUACCAGCGACAUUAGAUCGCGAUUGGAGGAUGUAAUCCUUGGUCAAGGUAGUGCAAGAAGCGAAAUGAUGUUGCGUAGAAAAGAACGGAUGAGUGGAGAUAAAUUGAGAUGGCGUAAGGACCAAAUGCCUUACAGAUCCUGCGAGCAAUCAGAAGGAAGGGCUGUAGAACAAGAUGCUCACAUAGAAGGUGCCUUAGCAGCAGAAGCUUCCCUUGUAGUUUUAGAUACGUUAGAAACAGUUGUGCAGGCUGAUGGUGGAGGAGGGGCAGUUGUAGGAGCAGUACUAAAAGUUCUUUUAAGAGCUUUAGCAAGAAAUCAGAGUACAUCUGUUUUACAACACAUGUUCAAUACACAGAGAGCUUUGGUAUUCAAAUAUCAUAGUGCUCUGUUUGAUGAGGAAAGUGAAAGAUGUGGUGACCUUUGCUUAACACUGCUUACCAGAUGCAGUUCUCCGUUAAGUGCUGUUCGCAGCCAUGCAGCUGCUAGUCUUUAUCUACUUAUGCGACAGAAUUUCGAAAUUGGCAAUAAUUUUGCUCGAGUUAAGAUGCAAGUUACAACAUCAUUGUCAGCUCUUGUUGGAAGGGGAAGAGCUCCCAGUGAAGGUGCACUUAGAAGAGCAUUGAAAACGGUAUUGGUAUAUGCUGAGAGAGACACAGAACUAGCCGAUACAAGCUUCCCAGAACAGGUGAAAGAUCUUCUGUUCAAUUUACACAUGAUAUUGUCUGAUACUGUUAAAAUGAAAGAAUUUCAAGAGGACCCAGAAAUGCUAUUAGACCUUAUGUACAGAAUUGCAAAGGGAUAUCAAGGAUCACCAGACCUUAGAUUGACAUGGCUAGCGAAUAUGGCUCAACAACAUAUGGAAAGAAAAAAUCACACUGAAGCAGCAAUGUGUUUAGUGCAUAGUGCUGCUUUGGUAGCAGAGUAUUUACACCUCUUGGAGCCAGGAGGUGGUGGUAGACCAGUAGGAGCUGUUGCUCUAUGUCCUGUUACUCCAAAUUCUUUAGAAGAAAGUGCUGUAGGUGAUGAUGUAUUGGCCAGAAGGGAAGAAGGCCUGUGCUUAGGACCUGAUUUCUCAGAAAGUGGGUUAGCAGGUUUAUUGGAACAUGCCGCCAGCUCUUUUCAUGCGGCUGGAAUGUAUGAAGCUAUACCUGAUGUGUACAGAGUUUUACUGCCAAUAGCAGAAGCUGCACAUGAUUACAAAAAAUUGGCGAAUAUUCAUGGAAAGCUUCACGAAGCGUACACGCGUGUUGAACAAUUGGCUGGAAAAAGAGUAUUUGGCACAUAUUUCAGAGUAGGUUUUUAUGGAGGACGAUUUGGAGACCUAGCUGGCGAAGAAUUUGUUUACAAAGAACCUACUUUAACAAAAUUGCCGGAAAUAUUUUCAAGGCUGGAGAAUUUUUACGCCGAAAGAUUCGGCGCGGAAAAUAUUGUAAUAAUAAAAGAUUCAAAUCCUGUAGAUCCAAGCAAAUUAGAACCAGAUAAAGCCUAUGUUCAAAUCACUUAUGUAGAACCGUAUUUUGAACCGCAUGAACUUAGACACAGACCAGCUAUUUUUCACAGAAACUUUAAUAUCAGGCGAUUUGUAUAUGCAACACCUUUCACACCUGGUGGUAAGGCUCAUGGGGAAUUGAGGGAACAGUGUAAGCGUAAAACAAUUCUGACAGUAGCUACACAUUUUCCUUACUUAAAAACAAGAAUUCGUGUGGUUGCCAGAAAACAAAUAGUCCUAAGUCCAAUUGAAGUUGCAAUUGAAGACAUACAAAAGAAAACAGCAGAGGUUGCUGCAGCUACAGCCCAAGAACCACCUGAUGCAAAAAUGCUGCAGAUGGUUCUUCAAGGUUGUAUUGGAACCACAGUUAAUCAAGGACCUGCGGAAGUUGCAGUUGUCUUCCUAUCUGGAUUACGUGAGCAAAAUGCACAGCCUAGUCGACUCCAACACAAGUUGCGUUUAUGUUUCAAAGAUUUCUCAAAAAAAUGUCUGGAUGCCUUGAGAAGAAACAAAAAUCUAAUUGGUCCAGAUCAACGAGACUACCAACGAGAAUUGGAAAGAAAUUACCAAAGACUGACUGAAAGAUUGGCCCCCCUAAUUGCAUGGAGUGGACCGUCUCUAAUGAAUCAACAGAGUGUACCACAAACAUCACCACGCUGGUAAAAUGACUGAAUGCUGCUCAGAAUUACCAAAGAUACAUGACAUAUGAGUGGUAUAUUCAGAAAGUAUU